AUGAGAGCGAUCCAACUUCCGGCCUUGGUCAAGGGACCAAGCGAGCUUCGUGUCGCAACCUUACCAGACUUUCAACCGCAUCCCUCGAAAUAUCUAGUCAAGCUCCAUGCCGCAGCUGCAAACUUCUUUGACAACCUGCAAAUCCAAGGAAAGCAUCAGCAGAAGCCCCCACUGCCUUUCAUUGCUGGGAACGAAUUCUCAGGAGAGAUUGUCGCUGUGCCGACCGCGACACGGGAUGAUGGAAAACAAUGGCGUUUCAAACGAGGGGAUCGCGUCUUUGGAGCAGGGCUGGGAGCGUUCGCGACUCAGUUUGUGGCGAGCGAGGCUGAUUUGAGACCCGUUCCAUCGGGGUGGAGCUACCUGGAAGCCUGCAGUCUCUUCUAUACGGCACCUACCGCUUAUGCGGCACUGAUAUUGCGUGCACAGGCAAAGAAAGGUGACUAUGUGCUCGUCCACGCUGCUGGUGGUGGCGUUGGCCUCGCCGCGGUGACGAUUGCCAAAGCACUCGGCAUGUACGUGAUCGCCUCGGCCGACACAGACAAGAAGAGACAAGUCGCGAAGAGUUUUGGGGCACACUUUGUCGUUGACGCCAAAGGCGACUGGGCCGAGCAAGCAAAGCAGUGCACACCCGACAGGCGCGGCGUGGACGUUGUUCUGGACCCCCUGGGGGCCAUUGACCGCAGUCUAAAAUGCAUCCGCUGGGGUGGUCGGCUGGUCGUCAUCGGUUUUGCAGCCGGAGAGAUCGAGAAGAUCGCCACGAACAGGAUAUUGUUGAAGAACGUCGCCGUGUCGGGUCUGUUCUGGGGCAUGUACGCGACUAUGGAACCUGAAAGUGUGGUGGACGUCUGGGACAAUCUGCUGAAGAUGAUUGAGAAGGGCGGGAUCAAACCUCUGAACUACACCGAGAAGGACUUCCAGGGGUUGGAAGAGAUCCCAGCUGCUUUGGAGCUGCUCUCUACCGGCACGGCGUGGGGGAAGAUUGUCAUCGAUAUAAGCAAGCAAGGAAAGACCAAGCUGUAA